UUUUAUCAUUCUGUGGCCAUGACAAAUGUAUUUACUUUUCUCAUAGGUAUGAAAAUGGCUUCUCAAAAUGUUGCAAUGGGAAUUUUCGUCUUCUCCCAGAUUACAGUGGGAAUGCUUGGCAAUUCUUCAAUACUAUUUUAUUAUGUGAUUUUGAUGGUCUCUGGGAAGAAUUUGAUGCCCAAAGACCUAAUUAUAGAGCACUUGACAUUUGCCAACUGCUUGUCUAUCAUCUCAAGAGGUAUUCCACAGACACUAGCAGAUUAUGGACUUAAAGAUUUCCUGGAUGACAUUGGAUGUAAAUUGAUAGUAUAUAUAUACAGAAUAACAAGGGGGAUGUCCCUGUAUGCUAUGUGCCUACUGAGUUGCUUCCAAGCAAUCACAAUUAGCUCCAGAAACUCCAGGUGGAUGAUGCUUAAACACAGAGCCAUCAAGUACAUUGGUCCUUCAUGCUCAGUCAGUUGGCUUGUACAUGUGCUUCUAAACAUCUUGACUCCAGCAAGAGUGUCAGGCCCCAGUCACAAGAAAAAUGUGACUUACAUAAUGAGUUAUGGGUCAUAA